GACUUUGAGAUUCUUUUCAUGAAAGAGGUUUCCAAGUAGUUGUCUUAUAACAACUCUGAGAAGUUCUAUGUAGCUCUUACUUACAAGAGUGCUGCAAAAAUGAUUACUUCAGAUUUGCCAGUACUACAGGAUUCUACAAAUGAAACUACUGCACAUUCAGAUGCUGGCAGUGAGCUUGAAGAAGCAGAAGUCAAAGGAAAAAGAAAAAGGGGCCGUCCCGGCAGGCCUCCAUCUGCCACUAAGAAACCCCGGAAGUCUCCAGCGGACAAGGGACGUUCCGACCCUGGAGCUCGAGGAGUGAGUCGUGGGAGAGCCAAUGGCCACCCCCAGCAGAAUGGAGAAGGGGACCCUGUCACUUUGUUUGAGGUGGUUAAGCUGGGAAAGAGUGCUAUGCAGUCUGUGGUGGACGACUGGAUUGAAUCAUAUAAACAAGACAGGGACAUAGCACUUCUGGAUUUAAUCAACUUCUUUAUCCAGUGUUCAGGAUGUCGAGGUACAGUAAGAAUUGAAAUGUUCAGGAACAUGCAAAAUGCAGAAAUCAUAAGGAAAAUGACAGAAGAAUUUGAUGAGGACAGUGGUGAUUAUCCCCUGACCAUGCCUGGGCCUCAGUGGAAGAAGUUCCGCUCCAACUUCUGCGAGUUCAUCGGGGUGCUGAUCCGGCAGUGCCAGUACAGCAUCAUCUACGACGAGUACAUGAUGGACACGGUGAUCUCACUGCUCACCGGCCUCUCCGACUCGCAGGUCCGCGCCUUCCGGCACACCAGCACCCUGGCUGCUAUGAAGCUUAUGACUGCUCUUGUGAAUGUUGCCUUAAACCUGAGCAUUCAUCAGGACAAUACACAGAGGCAGUAUGAAGCUGAGAGAAACAAAAUGAUUGGCAAAAGAGCUAAUGAAAGAUUGGAGCUGCUGCUUCAGAAAAGAAAAGAGCUACAAGAAAACCAAGAUGAAAUCGAAAAUAUGAUGAACUCUAUUUUUAAGGGUAUAUUUGUUCAUAGAUACCGUGAUGCUAUUGCUGAGAUUAGAGCUGUCUGUAUUGAAGAAAUUGGUGUCUGGAUGAAAAUGUACAGUGAUGCCUUCCUGAAUGAUAGUUAUUUAAAAUAUGUUGGUUGGACACUACAUGACAGGCAAGGUGAAGUGAGGUUGAAGUGUUUGAAAGCUCUUCAGAGUCUAUAUACCAACAGAGAGUUGUUUCCCAAACUGGAGCUGUUCACUAACAGAUUCAAGGACCGCAUUGUGUCCAUGACCCUGGACAAGGAGUACGAUGUCGCUGUGGAGGCCAUUCGAUUGGUCACGCUCAUCCUCCAUGGGAGUGAGGAGGCUCUGUCCAAUGAAGACUGUGAGAAUGUUUAUCACCUGGUGUACUCAGCACACCGGCCUGUGGCAGUAGCAGCUGGGGAAUUCCUCCACAAAAAGCUGUUCAGCAGACAUGAUCCUCAAGCUGAAGAGGCUCUAGCAAAGAGGAGGGGGCGAAAUAGCCCAAAUGGAAACCUUAUUAGAAUGUUGGUUCUUUUCUUUCUUGAAAGUGAGUUGCAUGAGCAUGCAGCCUAUUUAGUGGACAGCUUGUGGGAGAGCUCUCAAGAACUGCUGAAAGACUGGGAAUGUAUGACAGAAUUGCUCUUGGAGGAGCCAGUCCAAGGAGAAGAAGCGAUGUCGGACCGGCAGGAGAGCGCUCUGAUCGAGCUCAUGGUGUGCACCAUCAGACAGGCUGCUGAGGCACAUCCCCCCGUGGGCAGGGGCACCGGCAAGAGGGUCUUGACAGCAAAAGAAAGAAAAACUCAGAUAGAUGACAGAAAUAAAUUGACUGAGCAUUUCAUUAUUGCACUUCCCAUGCUGCUAUCAAAGUAUUCCGCUGAUGCUGAGAAGGUUGCAAACCUCCUGCAAAUCCCUCAGUACUUUGACCUGGAAAUCUACAGCACAGGCAGAAUGGAAAAGCAUCUGGAUGCCUUACUGAAGCAGAUUAAAUUUGUUGUGGAAAAGCAUGUGGAAUCAGAUGUCCUGGAAGCCUGCAGCAAAACCUACAGCAUCCUCUGCAGUGAGGAAUACACCAUCCAGAACAGAGUUGACAUAGCCCACAGCCAACUUAUUGAUGAAUUUGUGGAUCGAUUUAACCAUUCUGUCGAGGAUCUGCUGCAAGAGGGAGAAGAAGCUGAUGAUGAUGACAUAUACAAUGUGCUCUCCACACUGAAGAGGUUGACAUCUUUUCACAAUGCUCAUGAUCUCACCAAAUGGGAUCUGUUCAGUAACUGCUACAGAUUGCUGAGAACUGGAAUUGAACACGGAGCUAUGCCAGAACAGAUUGUUGUCCAGGCACUACAGUGUUCCCACUACUCUAUUCUCUGGCAGCUGGUGAAAAUCACUGAGGGCUCCCCUUCCAAAGAUGACUUGUUGUUAUUGAGGAAAACUGUGAAAUCCUUCCUGGCUGUGUGCCAGCAGUGUCUAUCAAAUGUCAACACUCCAGUUAAAGAACAGGCUUUCAUGCUGCUCUGUGAUCUCCUGAUGAUUUUUAGUCACCAGCUGAUGACAGGAGGUCGAGAAGGGCUCCAGCCUUUGGUGUUCAAUCCAGACUCAGGCCUCCAGUCAGAACUUCUCAGUUUUGUGAUGGAUCAUGUGUUUAUUGACCAAGAUGAUGAAAAUCAGAGCAUGGAGGGAGAUGAAGAAGAUGAAGCCAACAAAAUAGAAGCUUUACAUAAGAGAAGAAACCUUCUGGCUGCCUUUAGCAAGCUGAUAAUUUAUGACAUUGUGGACAUGCAUGCAGCAGCAGAUAUCUUCAAACACUAUAUGAAGUACUACAAUGAUUAUGGAGAUAUCAUUAAGGAAACCCUGAGCAAAACCAGGCAAAUUGAUAAAAUCCAGUGUGCAAAGACGCUCAUUCUCAGUUUGCAACAGCUGUUCAAUGAGCUUGUUCAGGAGCAAGGUCCCAACCUGGACAGGACAUCUGCCCAUGUAAGUGGCAUUAAGGAGCUGGCCCGGCGGUUUGCCCUCACUUUUGGCUUGGAUCAGAUCAAGACAAGAGAGGCUGUGGCCACACUACACAAAGAUGGCAUAGAGUUUGCCUUCAAAUACCAGAAUCAGAAAGGACAAGACUAUCCACCUCCUAACCUUGCUUUUCUGGAGGUGCUUAGUGAAUUUUCUUCUAAGCUCCUGCGACAGGACAAAAAGACUGUGCACACCUACUUGGAGAAGUUCCUGACAGAGCAGAUGAUGGAGAGAAGAGAGGACGUUUGGCUGCCGCUGAUCUCGUACCGGAACUCGCUGGUGACGGGCGGCGAGGACGACAGGAUGUCAGUGAACAGCGGCAGCAGCAGCAGCAAGGCCUCCUCCGUCAGGAACAAGAAGGGCCGACCCCCCCUGCACAAAAAGAGAGUGGAAGAUGAGAGCCUGGAAGGCUCCUGGCUGAACAGGAAUGAGAACAUCCAUACUCCAGGGACACUGCAGGCACCUCAGCUCACCUCCACUGUCCUCAGAGAGAACACCAGACAAAUGGGAGAGCCGAUCCAGGAGCACGAGUCGGAGCAGGGAUCUGAACAGGAUUUUUUACACAAUCCCCAGAUGCAGAUCUCGUGGCUGGGCCAGCAGAAGCUGGAGGAUCUCAAUCGAAAGGACAGGACAGGAAUGAACUACAUGAAGGGCAGGAGUGGCGUAAGGCACGCAGUACGAGGUCUAAUGGAAGAUGACGCUGAGCCCAUUUUUGAAGAUGUAAUGAUGUCCUCACGAGGCCAGCUAGAGGACAUGAAUGAAGAAUUUGAGGACACAAUGGUCAUUGAUCUGCCGCCGUCGCGGAACCGGCGCGAGCGCGCGGAGCUGCGGCCGGACUUCUUCGACUCGGCGGCGAUCAUCGAGGACGAUUCAGGAUUUGGCAUGCCCAUGUUCUGAAGUCUGGUGAAGACCUUUUACAAACUUGGAACUCUAUUGUUUAGAGCUAGAGGCCUAUAUACUGUGAUAGCUUGUAUGAAAACCACAUUUUUGAUGUGAUACGGUUUGAUUUUUAACCAAAUGAUUGAGGUCAACCCCUUGGUGUAGUGACGGAGAGAAGAGGAGCUUCUUAAUGACACACCGGAAUGUUGGCCAAUCCACUCACCUCAGAAGGGCUGACCUAAAAAAUCAUUUGUAUCCCUGUUCUUGACUGUCCUAAUACGGAUUUUUUUUUUCUGGAUGAGGAGGAAGUUUUAAAUUGUUAAGACAGCUGUCAAAAUAAACACUGUUCUACAUAUGUUUUCUGAAAACAACAUUGAGUGAAAACAGAACUUUUUAACUUUAUUUUUCUGCUGUACAAUUUAAAACAGUUUUAACAUUUGCCUUUUUAUGUUUUCAAAGCUAGCCAUUUUUAUUAAACCUAUGCCUAUCAGCCACUGACUAGCAAGGCUGCUGUAAGCAGGUCGUUCUGGCUACGGAAAAGUGUUUUGGAACACACUGGAUUUGAUUAACAUUAUGGUACGCUUAUGUCCUCUCAUAGGCAUGGAGAAAAACACUCUCAGAGAAGAGGUUAGAAUUCUAAUGACGUGCAUCUCUGCCAAAAAAUUUCAGAUUCUGAUAUGAUAAACCCAGAUUUUAUACUCUUGAGAAGAUUUAUUUUUAUUUAUAAUGGGACAUAAAGUAAGAGAUGUCCAUGAAGCCACUUUUCCAACAGAUGCUGUGUAACAUUCAUUUUAUAUAGCACAUGGGGACACAAAAACAGUAAAUUUUCUAUUGGUACUUGCUCUGUGCAUUUUUAGCAACUUAUACCAGCAAAUAAAGUAUUCUCAGUAAAACACACAAACGGUUCUCAAGUAAUCACUUUGCUGUUUUUACUACCUACUUCAAGCCUGCCAACACAAGGUACAUAAACAGCAACUUUCCUAUUAAAAAAAAUAGUUCAAGGGUGGGGGAAAGGAUCACUUUAGCAUACUAAAAGUAAUUUUAACUGUACCAUAAAACAGAGUCUACUUUCCAUGCCGUAAAUACCCUUUUCCGCUAUUUUUGUAAAUUAAUUUUGCCAGUUAGAAGUACUGUAUGUGCUGCAUAGAAAUUUGUGCUUAGAUGGUGAAGUUCUUAAGCUUACAAUGGAAUACAGCUACAUUUUCAGUGUUAACUGUGCAUAUUGAGAGUAAUUC